GCCAAUUUCAUUUCUCUCUCACUUUCUUCUCUUUUUUAAAAACAAAGAGAGCCACAACCUUAACGCUCGGCCACAGCCAGCUCCCGUUUCUCACACACACCGAAAGAAGAAGGAAAAAAAAAAAAAGAGCGAAAAAAUCCAGUUUUAUAGAAAGGCAUAAGGAAAUGGCGGAAGGUGAGGAUAUUCAACCUCUCGUAUGCGACAAUGGUACUGGAAUGGUCAAGGCUGGCUUUGCUGGAGAUGAUGCUCCAAGGGCUGUAUUUCCUAGCAUUGUGGGUCGCCCUCGCCAUACUGGUGUGAUGGUUGGUAUGGGCCAAAAAGAUGCCUAUGUUGGCGAUGAGGCUCAAUCAAAGAGAGGUAUUUUGACUUUGAAAUACCCAAUUGAGCAUGGUAUUGUCAACAACUGGGAUGACAUGGAGAAAAUUUGGCAUCACACCUUUUACAAUGAGCUCCGUGUGGCUCCUGAAGAGCAUCCGGUUCUCCUCACUGAAGCUCCCCUCAACCCUAAGGCCAAUCGUGAGAAAAUGACUCAGAUUAUGUUUGAGACCUUUAAUACUCCUGCAAUGUAUGUUGCUAUCCAGGCUGUCCUUUCCCUUUACGCCAGCGGUCGUACCACUGGUAUUGUUCUGGACUCUGGAGAUGGUGUGAGCCACACAGUUCCCAUCUAUGAAGGCUAUGCCCUCCCACAUGCCAUUUUGCGUCUGGAUCUGGCUGGUCGUGAUCUCACUGAUGCACUUAUGAAAAUCUUGACUGAGCGUGGUUACUCUUUCACCACAACUGCAGAGCGAGAAAUUGUUAGAGACAUGAAGGAGAAACUAGCCUACAUUGCUCUUGACUAUGAACAAGAGCUAGAGACGUCAAAGACCAGUUCAUCUGUUGAGAAGAGCUACGAGCUGCCAGAUGGACAGGUUAUCACCAUUGGAGCUGAGCGAUUCCGCUGUCCAGAAGUCCUUUUCCAGCCAUCCAUGAUUGGGAUGGAAGCUGCUGGCAUCCAUGAAACCACUUACAAUUCUAUCAUGAAGUGUGAUGUCGAUAUUAGAAAGGAUCUCUAUGGUAAUAUUGUUCUAAGUGGUGGCACUACUAUGUUCCCUGGCAUUGCUGAUAGGAUGAGCAAGGAAAUUACAGCAUUAGCUCCCAGCAGUAUGAAGAUUAAGGUGGUGGCACCGCCAGAAAGGAAGUACAGCGUCUGGAUAGGAGGCUCCAUUUUGGCAUCCCUCAGCACCUUCCAGCAGAUGUGGAUUGCAAAGGCAGAGUAUGAUGAGUCUGGACCAUCAAUUGUUCACAGGAAAUGCUUCUAAUCAUGGAAAGCUAAAGGAUAAUGGCGAAACACAUACUUCACAAUUUUUUUUCUCUGUUGCAUAAGGCUUCUAAUCAAGUGGUUGCAAAAUUUUCUUCUUUAUUUUAUUUCCAAUUUUGUUUUAUUUAUUUAUUCAUUUAUUUUUCUGUUUUGCUCUGUUAAUGGCUGGAAGGGCAAAUUUAAGAUUCUUUUUUUAAAAAAAUUUUGAUUUGAUCGUAGAAGAGUUUGUUUACUGUAACUGAUAUGGUUUGGGUUAAUUUUCAGGGAUUCAUUACAUCAUUGUUGCUUUUAAGAGUUAUUUCAAUUAAAUAAAACCAGUAAUUACAUUCCAUCCA